CAGCCCAGACGCUCAUUCACCGUAAACUCUAUUCUCGUUUGGAUUAACUCUGAUAUGAUCACUGUUGGUUUAUUUAUCGGUGAAGCAGCAGAACGUUUUCCACAUAUAGUUUUUCUGCCUGUUGGCUCGUUUUAACCAGUUUUCUACCUUUGGCUGAUUCUACCAGCAGACACUGAAAGGACUCUGAUAGUUCGUUGCAUUGGAACUACAAUGAUGUGACAGUGUAGCCGGCCUUAAAAAUGGCAGCAGUUCCUGGAGUGAGGACCCUCCUCUGCCUCCAUCGAUCAGUAUUUCUGCAGCACAGCUUUGGGCUUGUUCCACUACAGUUAGCAUCAACCUGCCUUCCCAGGAAGCUUUGCAGUGCUACUACGAGAAAUAAUGAACCAAAGCCACCAGUGGCGACAGAGAAUGAAUCUCUGCUUGAGAAUCUGGAUCUGAUGGGAGUCGAUGUGCCGAUGGCACGCCAGCGGCAGCCUGGGGUCUUUCGUAAAGCCUUCACCAAUGAGCAUGGCCUUGCUCAGUUCCUGCAGGGAAAAGGUGCCAGCCCCCAAGUCAUCGCCAGUAUCAUAUCCCGUUAUCCCCGUGCCAUCACCCGCUCCAUUGCUCAUAUGGAACAGCGCUGGAAGCUGUGGAGAAACAUCUUCUGCACGGAUGCAGAAAUUGUGAGCAUCCUGGCUCGCUCUCCUGAGUCUUUCUUCCGCUCCAGUGACAAUGAAAACCUGGAGAAGAACAUACAUUUUCUGAUCUCACUAGGACUGAACAGCAAAGACCUUCAUCGGCUGCUGACCACAGCGCCGCGGACGUUCUCCAACAGCUUAGCGCUCAACAAGCAGAUGGUGGAGCUUCUAGAAGACAUCUGCACAGAGCUUGGUGGACAAAAUCCAGAGCGGUUUGUAAAAACUAUCAUAUCCAGAAACCUCUAUAUUCUCAUAAGAAGCACUAAGAGAGUCAAGAGCAACAUAGAUACCCUAAGAUCUGCUCUUAAGUUAACUGAUUCAGAACUGCUGGCUCUUCUUGAAGGCCAAUUAGGAGCAAUUCUGGACCUUUCCAAUGAGUAUCUGAAGAAUAACUUAAACAGCCUUCAGCAGAAAAUAAUCUCACUUGGCUGUCGAAAAUCUGACAUCAAAAAACUGAUUAUCAGCUAUCCAGUAAUUCUCUACAUUGGGCCAGAAACACUGAGCGCUAAGCUAGAUUGCCUCCUAAAAGGGGGAAUAACAAUAAAGCAGAUACUGGAGAAGCCCAGGGUUUUGGACUACAGCACACAGAACAUUACAGGGCGACUGGAGGAACUGCAGAGAGUGGGAUAUGACUUCAAGAAGAAUGGCAUCAACAUCCUGGACACGAGCCGAAAGCGUUUUGAAGCAAAGAUAGAAAAGCUUGCUGCUUCACUCGAUAACUGAAUGUAUCUCCCUUCAUUGCGAUGUUACAUGACACUGCAUGCUGUUUUUCUCUGAUCUUGACCUCAGAAUAAUCACAUUUCAUUUUGUAAGUUCUUCUCCAUUCAAUGAAAUGACAAUAAUAGGAUUUUUUUGACAUGUUCAAAUACACCUAGUAGGGCUGUAAUCAUUAUUUCAUCAUAGAUAAAUCAGCAGGUUAUAUUUUAUGUCUUCAUGAUUCUUUUGCUCAUCAUAUUUUCCUACAGCCUGAAAUGAAGUCUUUAAAUUGCCUUUUUUGUACAAACCAAUGAUCCAAAAACCCCAAAUAUUCAAUUAAUCCACACAAUGCAGAUGCUAUACCAGGUAAAUGAUUAGUACUCAAAAAUGUCUUAGACAAUUUAUCAACAAUUCUGCUGCUGCCACUUUUUGGUUGACUGAUUAAUGAGCUUGUUGUUUCAGCUAAAAUAUAAAGUAUUUAUUGACAAGAACAUUGUUUUUUUUAAACACUGCACAGAUCCAAGUGUCACCUCUGUCCUUUAUGUGCUCAUGUAUUACUCAGAGAGGAAUCCUUGCGGAGAACUGCACUUAGAUUUCAUGUGAAGUUGUGAAAUAAACAGCAUCCAAAAAUUGCA